AUGAAUAAACUUACUUGGUGCGAGGUUUCUGCGCUGGCACUGACUGUCUUCUUCGUCACUACAUCAAACGGACUUUGUCGAAAAUUAGAAAAACUAACAGAACUUCAUAUAAGUGGAUACAAAGCCCAUAUAAUUCACACGAAUGCCUGCAUUGAGGUGCGAAAAUCAGUCAUCGAGCCGAACGUCUUAGAUUUGGAAGUGCCUAUGGGAGAGAGAUUCAGUAGGACAUAUACCGGGGACUGUUGCUGUGAAGUCACGUCAAAAACCCUAGAAAUGAUUUCUUUAGAACGUUACGAUGGAGGAGUGACCAGAGAUGUUUUCUACUUCCGGAUCAAUGAGUGUGGAUGUACACCUUGUUCUGAAAUAAGUGCUUCCGGAUCCAUCAAUUGAUAUCAAUCAUGUUAUCUGUUAUAACAAACAAUGGGAAUGAUGAAGACUUAUUUUUUAAAAUGGAAACUUAUUCUCUAAAGCAAAGCAUCAUUCCACUUCACAACAGACAUUGAUAUUCUGGAACAACGGUCUAUAGAAUUGUGAAAAAACUAUGUUGUGUUGCUAAUGAUGUGGAACCAGUGUUCAGGAUUGUUCAAGAGACUCCCUACGCGUAAAAAUCACGACGAAUUAUCAGAAUGUUCUGGAUUCAAUGUUCCCUGUCCAAUAGUUUUCGUAUGUUUUAUCACGUGUUCUCUUACCAUCGAAAAUGUAUUAUUAAAAA